CCCACCAGCCGCCGGAAGUGCAGCAGAGGACUGUUUCCGGGUGGAGCUGAGUGUUUUGCAGCGGCUGAGCUCGGUUCGGUCCAGCAGCUCCUGCAGGUUCGGUUCGGGUUCUGACACGCCACCGGGACUCGGUGCUGCUCCAUGCCCGCCUCUGCUCUCUGAUCCGCGGCUCUCUCUCCUCCUCCUCAUGGCCUCCAGAAGGCCCGACAGCUUCGACGGGUUCGGGUUCCGGGGCCGCGACGACUUGUACGGAGCCGGAUACCCGGCUCGGAGCUCCGGGGCGGCGGGGGACCUGCACCUCCACCAGUGGGUCACCACCCCGCCGGACAUCCCGGGCAGCCGGAACCUGCACCCCGGGGAGCGGACGCCUGUGUGCGAGGAGUCCGAGCAGCGGGAGCCCGGAGCCCGCUGGGAGGCUCCGCCGGCCGCGGGGGUUCCUCCAGAGCAGCUGAACCGCUUCGCGGGCUUCGGGAUCGGGCUGGUCAGUCUCUUCACAGAGAACGUCCUCGCUCACCCCUGCAUCGUCUUCCGGCGACAGUGUCAGGUGGACUACCACGCCCGCUGCUACCACCUGACUCCGUUCAGCGCCGUCAGCGUCAUGUACGCCAUCACCAAGGCCCAGGGGGUGAAGGCGCUGUGGAAGGGGAUGGGCAGCACCUUCAUCGUUCACGGCAUCGCUCUGGGCGCCGAGGGCAUCAUCAGCGAGUUCACGCCGUUACCCAGGGAGCUUCCUCACAGCUGGAGCUGGAAACAGCUGGCGGGACAUCUGCUGCUCAAAGGGUUAACUGCUGUAGUGGCUCUCCCUUUUUACUGCGCCAGCCUCAUCGAGACUGUCCAGAGCGAGAUUGUUCGGGAUGAGUCCUCUUCCGGGCUGCUGGACUGCAUUCGUGAAGGUCUGACCCGGCUGCUCGGCGUGGGUGCUCCUCACAGCCGCCGUCUGCUUCCUCUGGGCUGCCUGCUCCUUCCCGUGGCUCUGCAUGCCGUCCUUCGGUACGCCAUCGCGGCCUCCACCCAGCGGGCGGCCAUGUGGCUGCACCAGCGCAGCAGGAAGAAUCGGCUGGAAUCCUCCAACCCCCUCGACGCCUACUUCCCUGAGCUGGCGGCAGCGUGGGCGGGGUCUCUGGUGGCGGACGUGGUUCUGUUCCCUCUGGAGACGGCGCUGCACCGCCUCAGCCUGCAAGGGACGCGCACCAUCAUCGACGCCACCGAUGGGGUGCUGGCAGCAGGCGGCGGCGGCAGCCCGCUGGUCCUCCCCGUCAACACGCAGUACGACGGUUUCUCCGACUGCCUGCACUCCAUCCGCCGCAAAGAGGGCGUGGCCGGCUUCUACCGUGGCUUCGGGGCUCUGGUGACCCAGUACUCGCUGCACGGGGCGCUGCUCGCCGCCGCCAGGACUCUGCUCAGGGUGAUGCUGCUGGACGCAAAGGUCUGAGGCUCCCAGACGCUGUCGCCACGGCAACAGGACUUUGGUCAGGUGGUAAUGGUGUGACUGAUGAAGCCCUGACGACCUCCACAUCCCCUCCACUUCCUGCCACAGUGUCAUAUGUUGCCACGGAAACUAAUUCCCGUUCGUUUAAACGUAGCCCUCCUAUUGGUUGGCUGGAAAAACAGCCGUAAACAAAGAACUUUAAUGAAUGCGAGCAUAAAGCUGACUUCAUCCGAGCUGCAGAUUUCUGUAUAAAACUGUAUCUAAUUGAAAUGUUUUGUGUUUGAAAAUUUGAAAAUGUAGAUUCAGAUUAAAUUAUUUGUGAUUCGUUGAUAAAUGCAGAAUUUACUGAAUAAAUGUUGAGAAUGAUUUGAAAUAGUUUUGUUGUUAUUAGCUGUUGAAAUGAACUCUUCUUCUGCCACGUAUUUAAUGAAGCGAGAAGAUUCUGUAUAUUUGUCAAAACAUUUAUCAGAUUAUUUCAGUAAUCCUAUUUAUUCUCAACAUUAGAUUCCUUAAAGUAAAACAAGACAAAAUGUUAACCACACACUGCUUGUAAAGGUUUUCUGAGUAAGGGUUUAUCUUUCCAAAUAUUAAAGUUUAUCAGUUUA